UGACAGGUAUGUCCGGACACGUUUGGGAUUACUUCUGUCUUCUUCGUUCCAACUUUUCAAGUUCGCCCUACACAUUUAGUCUUUCUGCGCGCUCGCGACCGCAGUAAGACGUGGCCGUAACAGGUCGCAGAUGAAGCUUUUCGUCUUUGUCGCAUUUCUUGCCGUGCUGGUCACCGUAGUUUCAGCAUGGACCAAAGAAGACCAUGAAAUAUUUGAUCUUGUCACUGCUCUUGAAGUAUCUGAGGGCAGGGGCACCACGUUCUACUCUUGGCUGGACGUACCUUCAACAGCGACCCUUAUGGAGAUCAAUAAGGCGUACAGGAAAAAAAGCAUACAGCUCCAUCCUGACAAAAACCCUGGUGUGAAAGGCAUCCAUGAAAGGUUUGCGCGUCUGGGAGUUAUUGCGACCAUUUUGAAAAAUCCCGAGGAACGUAAGCGAUACGACUUUUUCUACAAAAAUGGUGUACCGAAGUGGAGAGGGUCGGGCUAUUACUAUGCACGGUUCAGGCCAGGCCUAGGGACUGUCCUGGUAUUCCUCACCAUCCUUACGUCUGGACUUCAAUAUCUCGUGCAGACAUUGAAUUACAAACGGGACCUGAUGCGCAUUGAGCUGGCAAUACGGGAUGCCCGACUUGCGGCUUGGGGCCCAAAGAUGGAACCAUUGCAAGGAAAACGGAAGGUGAAGGUCAACCUUGGCGGUGGCGCUCGUCAAGACGGAGCUGGUAAUAUUGUUCCCGGAAAAAUGCUUGAUAUGGUCGUGGAACAAGACAACGUAUUCAUUCUGGAUCCCUCGGGUAAUCUGCACAUCCUGGAUACAAGUUCGGCUACUCCUGCGGCUAUUUCAAGAACAUGGUUCAUUGAGCUAUUGAUCAGCAGUAUUCGUAAAUUCUCCUACUCCAAAGAAAACUCCGGAAACGACGUGGAUAACGAGCCAAGCGUGCCCACUGUUGACAGGCCUGACUCUCCUGUGAGUGGAGCAAGCGAGGGUGAAGAACCUCGGCAGGCAGAGUAUGCUGCAGCAGUAAAAGCUGGUGGGAGAAGAAGAAAGGCAGCGAGGAAGCGGUGACCAUAUGUCGUGCAGUUCUUCGGUACACUGGAGAUUUAGGCUGACAGUUGUGGUAUAUGGUACUUACCUUGCUAAUUACAGAUUAGAUGGGAUGUUUUCAUUGACCCCGUGGUCAAACAAGAUCAUGUGGGCCUUGGUUGGACAUGUAGCUCCAUAGUUACUGUUGAUU